AUGCAAUUAUCCUUGAUUGUGCAACUACGUGUUGGCGGAACUUUGUCAUGUGAUCCUACCUUUCAUCCUACUGAUGGACUCGAUUCUACCUCCGGUUCUCAAAUCAAUGAAAACGGAAAGACCCAUCCCGUUUGUCCGCAUUCGGGUGACUCUGUUCGACAUCAGCAUCAUGAGCCUCGGGGUUCUGGCCGAGGCCAUCGGGGCGGAGGUCUUAGACGAGGUCGAAGUGGACGCACUACUGAUGCUUCGUCUGGUAACAUCAGUUCUGGAAAUGGAACUUCCAUAGCUGCAUCUACUACUAGUCGGGGUGGAGGAACCGUUAACAGAGAUGGCCCAGGUAACCGUCGAGGCGGUGGAAGUGGUUCAGGUGGGGGAGGUCGUGGUGGGCGAGGCGAACAUGCUGUAGGGGGGGGUCGUGGCGAUCGCUACAAAGAUGGUGGUAGUGGAGGCAGUAGUGGUGGAGCAGGAGGCGGUUCUGCAGGGGGAGCGGCUGGAAGCAGUUCUAAUGCACCUUCUGGUAACUUCAGUGGAAGCGGCUCAGCUGGAAGAGGGAACAGUUCCAGUGGGGGUGGUAGCGAAGGUGGUAGCGGAGGUGGUGGUGGCUGUGGUGGCCCCUGUCAAAGUGACAGUGCUGGUACUCAACACGCUGGCAGCGUUUCUUAUAAUCAAAGAAAACUUGGAUCAGAUCACAUGUCUGCCAUAACCACUUCACCUACUUUAUCAGUCGCCAACAUUAAUACUGCUCCGCGGCGUCCUUUGACGGCAAUUCCGAAGGAGAACAUUAGUGAUGGGAAUGAUGCAGAAGAAUGGGAGACCGCUUCCGAGGGCACUUCAGAUGGCGACCGGGGAAAUUCAGUCAUCAGUCCUGACCAGCCGUCCAGUUCCAUCGGCUCGUAUUCCGUGCUUCAACUGAAUCCAGCCACUCCUGAUGGGCUCUCUAUCUCACUGAUACAUCAAAACGCCAGCUUGACUCCAGCUAGCUCUAUCGUUCUCACUGGCGCCAAUAAUACACCUUCAUCAACUCCAUCCUCUAAUACCACCACUCCGACUAAUAUUAAGGGUUCACAACCUACAGAUGUGCUCAUUUCUGCAACUGAGAUCGAGGUUGAUGAGCCUGUAUCGAGUAUUCCGAUUCAGUCUCCUGGAACUCCAACUUCAUCAAAGUUAUGUGUCCAAGUCUCCCCAGCUCUUCCCAGCCCGGUUUACUGUCGCAAUGAAGCCGACUCUGAUGUUUGCAGGCAGCCAAUGGCGCCAGCACCAGCCUUGCUUGAAAUUGUGCCGAGUGGUGGCAGUAGCAGCAGUUGCACCAGCAGCAGUAGUAGCAGUCUCAGCACCAGCAGUAGUAGUGGAGGAGAGACGACUCGCUGUCAACUGUCUGAUAGGCGCAAUAACGACCCCUGCAAUAACCAUAAAGGCCGACGUGGAGGAAGCGGUAGUGGAGGUGCAGGAGGUUGGUGUACCAGCAUUGAGAACAAAAUCGAUCCUGCAAUUUAA